UUACAUCUAAGAAACUUUUCCCAUUUUCUUAAAAUCCCUCUUUUCAAUCCCCAAUUCCUCAUAAGUCAUAAACCGAUUUUCUGCAGAAUUCCACCACAAAAGAAAUCAAUGAAAGCUUCAAGAUUUUAUAAAAGGAGAAGAUUCUUUCUACUCUCCGUUCUGUUUAUCUUGUUCUUAUGUGUUUUAGCUUCCAUUAACGAAGUUCGAUUUGAAAACUUAUUAAGGUUUGGUAGAUUAUGUUCUCUUUCUUCGAUUCUUUCUAACAACCUUUCUCAGUUGUAUACUUCUUCGAUACAAGAUUCGAAUUCUUCCUCGGAUGAGGUUAGAAUACUCAUCGGUAUCCUAACCCUCCCUGAUCAGUACCCGCGCCGCCAUUUCCUUCGCAUGAUAUAUGGCACGCAGUCUCUGGUUGGAGCAAAAGUUGACGUUAAGUUUGUGUUCUGCAACCUAACGAAGGAAGAUCAGAAGGUAUUGGUGGCGCUUGAGAUAAUGCGGUUUGAUGACAUCAUUAUCCUCAACUGCACGGAGAACAUGAACAAGGGCAAGACGUAUGCAUACUUUUCGAGCUUACCGGAGCUGUUCAAUUCGACGGCCGAUGACCGGCCUUAUCCACCGUACCAUUAUGUCAUGAAAUCAGAUGAUGAUACAUAUAUCCGGUUGGGAAGCUUGGUGGACUCAUUGAGGCCAUUGCCUAGGGAAGACUUGUACUAUGGCUACGUUAUCCCGUGCGAGAGCAUGGACCCUUUCGUCCGGUACAUGUCUGGCAUGGGAUAUCUGGUUUCUUGGGAUAUUACCGAGUGGAUCAGAGAGUCUGAUAUUCCGAAAAAGCACAUGGAAGGACCGGAGGAUAUGGUGUUCGGAAAUUGGCUCAAGGAAGGCAGCCGCGGAAAGAAUAGGUACAAUGCCAAGUGGUCUAUGUACAAUUAUCCUGACCCGCCGACAAAGUGCACACAUGAGCUGUGGCCAAAUACGGUGGCUGUGCACCUGUUGAAGAAUCAGGAUAACUGGGUUCGGACCUUGAAGUAUUUCAAUGUCACUGAUAAUUUGAAAUCAUCAAAGUUAUACCACAUUCCUUAGGUCAUGAUUAAAUAAUCUUUACGCAC